AUGACGGGAGAAAACAAGCGCAAGCGCGAAGAAGACGAUGGUUCUGUCGUGGAUACCGCAAAUAAUGACCCUGGUGUAUCCUUGAAUCCGUCGCAGGCCAAUUCCUCCACCUCACCGCCAGCUCCCAGUGCCGAUGUGAACGACAACGAGAAUCGCGAUGCGCAUCAUCGCAAGUCUAAAAAGAAGCGUGUGGACGGCGAGAAGACGAAGUACCCUGAUUUGACUUACGUUGAAGGGAAGCUUCAGUCGUCUAUCCGGAUCGCCGACCUACAAGGAUUGCUCCUCUACUGCUUUGCGGAUGGCGUCGCACCACAGUGGAUCUCCGUUAAGCACUCUGGACAUAUGCGCAAAGUAGUUGCCCUGAUGGUACCCGGGUUGGAGAUUGGUAUGUUUGAUGGUACCAUUCCAUUGCAGCCAAUCCAAGACAGCAAACCGAAUCCCGAGCCAUCGGAUGAGACCGAAAAGGGUGCCGCCGAAGAGAAGGCCGCCGACUUCGAGAGAUGGAAGCAAGGCCUCCCACUCGAGGAUCGAUCUAACCGAUUCAAUCCUCGACCUCUCUCCUCCGUUGACCUUCCUGAACCCUUGCGCCCUCUGGCCCACAUGUUCCCUCACAUUUGGCCUGUCAAGGCCCCAGGCGACAGCAAAUACAACAAGGUGCAUUCACCUCUACAAGCCAUUCUGUUGUCCCAGGUGCCAAAAUCCAAGGAUGAUGCUGCACGUAGCAAGGGGGCACGUCCUGCCCGGGUCGACAAGAGCUACGUUGAUCAGCGGACGCCCAUCACAAAUUUCAUUAGCACAUUGGACCAACUCCGCGAAAACGACUACACUAUACACCCUGCAUUCUUCAACUCGGAGGAAGAAAAGGCUGCCGAGGCCGACGCUCGACGACGAAGUGGAGAGUCUGAGGAGCACGGAUGGGUUGAUUCUCUCGUUCCUAGCUUGGAGGCUGGCGAUAUACCUGAUAAUGAGAUUGAAAAGGGCAGCAUGACUGCAGGUCGGGAUGUACUAGCCCUCGAUUGUGAAAUGUGUCUCACAGAGGGUGGCAAGUCUGAGUUGACUCGCAUCAGUAUGAUGCGCUGGGAUGGCGAGGUAGUGUUGGACGAAUUGGUAAAACCACCGCGGCCAAUUAUCGACUACCUCACUCGUUUCUCUGGCAUCACCCAGGAAAUGCUAGAUCCGGUGACAACCACGCUGGAGGAUAUUCAAAAGAAGCUUCUCUCUAUUCUUACACCUCGCGCGAUCUUGGUUGGACACUCCCUGAAUUCGGAUCUGACAGCACUCAAACUUACCCAUCCUUUCAUCGUGGAUACGGGCAUCAUUUAUCCCCACCCACGCGGCCCUCCAUUGAAGUGCAGCCUGAAGUGGCUUACUCAAAAAUACCUCAACAAGGCAAUCCAGCAAGGCACCACCGGUCAUGAUUCCGUUGAAGAUGCCCGUGCUGUGCUGGACCUGGUGAAACUGAAAUGCGAGAAAGGUGAGCGUUGGGGUACCAGCGAUGCUUCCAAUGAAAGUAUUUUCCGUCGAAUUGGUCGCACCAAGCGUCCCAGCAAGAACUCUUCUGAGGAAGCACGAACUGGAGCAGUGGUGGACUGGGGAAAUCCUGAACGCGGCUUCGGCGCUCAGGCAACUGUAUCUAUUGGAUGCACCAAUGAUGAAGACGUUGUCAAAGGUGUUUCCGCCACCGUCAAUGGCGAUGCCUCGAACCCAGCUAUCCCUGGUGGAGGUGUAGAUCUCACCUGGGCACGUCUGCGCAGCCUUGAACAAUUUCGUGGCUGGGCCACACGCCUCCCAGAUGCGAACAAUGCCAAUGAAUCUACCGAGGUUGCUACCCUCCCGGAGGAAACGACACCAACGACGAGCUCGGAUGGCUCUACAGUCUCAUUCAAUCCCGCUCUUGCUGAUGCCGUGACUCAAACUGUCUCCGACAUUAAUCGCAUUUACGAAUCGCUUCCCCCGUGUACAUUGUUUGUGGUUUAUUCAGGCACUGGCGAUCCUCGUGAGGUCAGCCGCCUUCAAGCCAUGCACAAAAAGCAUCGAGAAGAGUUCAAAGGCAGCAAGCCUUGGGACGAGCUUACUGUGAAGUGGACUGAUGUGGAGGAGCAGGCUUUGAAGAAGGCCUGUGAGCGGGCUCGCGAAGGUUGUGGAUUUAUGUGUGUAAAAUAG